AUGAUCAGAAUAUUGGAGCCACUGAAGGAUAGUCUGGAAGAACUCUGGUUAAACCUUGACACUCUGGACGCGGAUCUGGACGACGAUUUUCGCAUUCGCUCCUUGACGCACUUCACUGCUUUGAAGACUCUUGAUACAUCUGCCGAUAUGUGGGAAAUGGUGGAAGAUCUGGAUGUCCUUGACCCUUACAGGGACGAGGAUACAAUCGAAGACAGUUACCGCUUAUGCUACCGACUACCCAAAAAUCUCCAGCAGCUCAUCUUCCACUUGUCCGCAGAACAAGCAGAGCCAUCCAUCGGCCAGAUCGUCGACCUCGUGCAAAUGCGUCAUACUAUGCUUCCGAACCUACAAUACCUCUGUAUCGCCACUGAGGACGAGGAGUUCCACGAGGAAUUGGAUGAAGCUCUUUCUGACGAUCUCAACGCCAUGACUGCCGAACCCCAGCCUUUCGAAAUGACCUUUGAUGAUGAUAUCCUCGUAACUGUCUUCGAUACGGUGCUUCCAUCCCGCCAUCAGCCAGAUACGCGAUGGUAUGGCAAUAAGUACUCGGUCAGAUACCGCAAGCCCACUAAGCUGGAUCGCGCGCUCGAUAAGAUAGGCGAAGCGUAUGAGGCAGGAUACAGAGGUGAGACCCUGUCGGAUGCCCUGGCAGACGAGCCGGAGUUGGCCGAGGUGCUCAAAGCAGACCAUCCCAGUGCUGAGGAUCCUCCGGAGUAUUACGACACUGAUGAAGAGGUGGAAAUGCUUGGCUAG